AUGCAGGCCGCCGCGCCGCUCAAUUGUCCCCACGGCGAGUGGAACGCCCCGGGCUCCCCUGGCGGCCGGGCGGCCAGCCUGCCGCCCGGCACGUCGCAGGAGGAGGCGGCCGCGCAGUGGCAGCAGGCGCUCGUCGGCGUGCUCUCGGCCGCCGGCGCCGUGGGCCAGGGGGACUUCCAGGGCGCGAGGGGCGCGCUUGCAGCCGUGCUGCUGUCGAGCACCGCGGGCCUGGCCCCCGACCCGCGGGCCGGCAUGGCCUGCUCGUUGGGUGUGGCCGCCGCGUACCGCGUGAUGGCGCUGGCGUUUGCGCUGGUGGCCGGGAGCUGGGCGUUCAGGCGUGCCUACCAGAUUGCCCUGAGGUUCCAGCACCUGGCGAUGAUCUGGGUCACGCACGUCUGGGAGAAGUUUGCCCGGAGGGAGGGACACCUUGGUGGUCUCUUGGGGGGCCCUUGGACAUUCUCGGGGGUCCUCUCGGGUGCGCGCGGCGCGGCGGCGGCUUUUAUGAACAUGAGCGUCACCCUGGAUUCCGUGCUGUACAAGUACGCGCGGGCAGAGCCCCCGGCAGACGUGGGCGCGCGGGGCUCCAAGGCGUCUGGCCUGGACCCGGGCAUCCACAUGCUCGUGGCGGAGGACCACGCGAUGCUCAACACUGGAGCGUUCUUCCUGCGCUCCUCGGGCUGGAGCCAGGACUUCCUUGAGAAAGUCUGGGGGUCCGCCGACUCGCCCUGGAUAGACCACCCGUGGUGGGAGAACGCCGCGAUCAUCUGGAAUUUCCUGAGGGAGAACUCACAGAAGUUCCAGAGCGAGGAUCCCGUCUCAGCCUCGCCGGCCGAGCAAGAGGCGGACGACAUGGACGGCAUCUACCCUCCGGAGGUCCGCCUGAGCCCACAGCGCGAGUUCAACUCGUAUCACCCUGCGACCGCGCAAGGACUGCACGACACGUGGGAGCCCGGAAAGUUUGCGAUCGCCUUCAACGGCGUUCUGUCGAACACAAGUCCCGAGGUGAUCCGAGUGCUAUACGGCAACUAUCCAUGUCUGCUGCAACGCAUACCG